AUGACCGUUUUUCCUUCGGCUACCAGCUUUAAAUUGAUGGAUGGCGACGAAUAUUUUACGAUAGAUUUGACGCGAGGAGAAUUGACGCUUACGAGGACGAUCGAUUGGAGCGAGGCGCCAAGCCUUGUUGCAGUCAUCCAAUCGGAAAAUGAAGGGCUAAUUUCAAGCUGCGCUGUGCUUUUCAACAUUGAGGAUGUCAACAAUCAUACUCCCAGAAUCAUUAGCUCCCAACGCGUCUCGUUACCCCAUCCUGCACCAAGGCCACUCCACUACGUCGUAGCUGUAGAUGAAGACAGUGGUGACAAUGCUAAAAUCACCUACACUAUGGUCAAUGGGGAUACCUCAAAUUUUGCGUUGGACUCGAGAAGUGGGGCGUUGACCGUAAAUCGACACGUUGAUAUGGAUCAGGAAAUUACGGUUCGAGCCUCAGACAACGGGAAUCCGGCUCGAUUUGUGGAACAGAAAAUUCAGAUAACCCUCCACAAAUCAGCAAAUCGAUGGUCAUUCUUUUCGCGGCCUGUUUUUGAACUGGAUUUGAAUAAAGAGACUCCAAUCGGAACCCAAAUCCUUGAAUUUUCUUCGCCAGUGACCAAUCAUUUCUAUCUCCUCCCUUCCGAUUUGCCCUUCAAGAUCGAUAAAUCAAAUGGCCGGAUUAUCGUGGCAAACACAAUGUCCGCAGAUACCUACAGUUUCACAGUAUUUGUCGAGAACAAUGAAAGUCAAAGCGAUCAUGCUGGUAUCAUCAUAAACACCGGCAAAAAUACCACCAGCUACUUAAAGAUCAGCCCGGCAUCCUGCGGCUCUUCUUCCCUUAUCGAAAAUUUGCAAGCUACAAACUUUAAAAGGAUCGUAUCAAGUGGUGCUACAAAUGCGACUUACCGAAUCGAAGGUGGCAAUGAUGGGAAUCUGUUCGAGAUUGAUGCCCAAACCGGGUGGCUUUCUUCUCGAGCUUUGGAUCGCGAGCUGAAAGAUGAAUACAAUCUACUCAUCGCCGUCGCAGAAGGCAGUGACCAGGACAACUGCACGGUGCUUGUCACGGUUCUGGACGAGAAUGACAAUCCUCCGACUUGGAAUAGAAAUGCUGAGAUUGAGCUGAAGGUGGAGGACGACACGAAAUUAGGCACAAUUUUGGCCUCAUUACUUGCUAGCGAUGCCGAUAAGGGUCCAAAUGGGCAAAUCGAUUAUUCGAUCAUCGACGAUCCUUCAUCGUUGUUGGAUAUCGAUCCUGAUACGGGAAAAAUUUCCUAUGCUAGAGAACUCCCGGUUUUGGCACAAGAAACAAAAAUUCGUGUCCGUGCAACAGACCGAGGAAUGGAAAAACGGCUUUACACCGAGAAGCUGUUAACGUUGAAAGAUUAUCGAACUCAUUAUGAAGAUCCCCCAGACGUGCCGGAAUUUUUACAUGCAAAAUAUGUGGGAAGUGUUGAGGAAGGGGAACCGAUGGGUCGAGAAGUUUUGCGACUAUCUACUACGCAUUCACGUCGAGAUGAAAAGAUCGCUUAUAGCAUUGUCGAUGGGAAUCAUGACUCGGCUUUUGAGAUUGAUGAAAAUGGCGUAAUUCGCACAGCGCUGGAAUUGGAUAGGGAAAUCCGCGGAUAUUAUGAAUUAAAAAUUCUUGCCACGAGUUCGCUACCCGCCCAGUCUGCUGCAAAAGCUUCUAUUACCGUACUCAACGUUAAUGACAAUGCCCCAUCGUUUCCCAUCACCAGAAAACGAAAAUUGUCAGAAGGGGCGACCGUUGGCUCGUAUAUCACAACAUUAUUGGCAAAUGAUGUGGACGAAAAUAGCUUGGCUGAAUAUACCAUCGAAAGCCAAUUAAAUGGCGGUGAAGAGGCGAAAGAACCAAAUUUUGCGAUUGAUAGUCGCACUGGGGCUAUUCAUCUUGUCAAAGCUUUGGACCGUGAAGAGUAUGAAAAUGUCACUUUAAAAGUCAAGGUGUGGGAUGGCCGUCACCCAGCAUACACUGAAUUAUUCAUCGAGAUUCUAGACGAAAACGAUAAUUCUCCAACAUACAAUCAACUGGUUUAUGAGGCUACCGUAUCCCGCUCGGUUAAUGCUGGCGAUAUUGUGGUGGUCUUUGGGGCUACGGACAAAGAUGCGUCAGAAGCUUCGUCGCAAAUAAAUUAUUCCCUCGAUGACCCAAGUGGAUAUUUCAAAGUGGAUCCGUUAACAGGCACUGUUUCACUAGCGAAACCUCUAGAAGAACAUCACAAGACCAAGUACACAUCAUUCCUCAUGACGGCAAUUGCAACCGAUAAUGGCUUACCUGCCAAAAGUGCAUAUGCUGCUGUUCGAAUCGUCGUUAAGGAAGAAAACACACUUUCACAGCCAGCAUUCGACCUUGAUCUAUACGAAUUUACCGUAUCCGAGCACUUUUCGGUCAACAUGCCGGUUGGUGAUUUCACGUUGAGCGGCACGGAUUCAAACGAGAACCAUCUAAACUUCCGAAUUCUCGACCCUGUGGCCGCCGUACAUUUCGCUAUCGACAGAUUUGGGGUUCUUUGGCUAAGAAAGUCAUUGACCUACGCACGCAAGCAAUUGUUCGAAUUUACGGUCGAUGUGGGCACCGGACGCGGAUCUGUUAAAAACGCUACAGUACCUGUCACUAUUCGUAUCAUUGAUGAGAACGACCAUUCACCCAUAUUCCAAUCCGUCGCUGAAAUGAAGAUUCCAGUUCAGGAAGGAGCACAAAAUGGACAGAGCUUGGCGAGAUUUUCUGCUGUUGACGAAGAUUUUGGAGAAAAUGGACGUGUGGAAAUACGGGUCGUUGCUGGAGAGGAUUCAAAUCGAGUCCGAAUUGACGAUUCCGGAAUACUAACGUGGAAUGGAGGAGACAGUCAGGAUGCACCAAAUGGAAGCAUUGUGCUGCUUGCACAUGAUUUUGGGAUUCCGUCCAGAGCAGCUCUUAUCGAAAUCCCAUUUGCCGUUGAAACCUCGAAGUGGGGUCAGAGCGCCCCAUUCUUUGUGAUGUCCGAAUACCGAAAACAUAUUCGAGAAGGGUUAUCCAGUAUCAGAAGCCAUGAUCCUAUUGAAGUAACGCGAGUUCGAGCCGUGAAUCGAUUGGGAGCCCGUAUCAACAAUUUACGAUAUUCUUUCAAGGACAGAGACUCGAUUUUUUCAAUCGAUCCUUCAUCCGGGGUGAUUUCCUCCCUUGAAAAUCUUGACUAUGAGAAACAGAAAAACCACGCGCUGACUGUGCUAGCUACGGAUGGAGCAGGACGCUCUGCCGUGACGACGGUCGAGAUAGAAGUUCUUCCAGUCGACGAAUAUCCGCCAUUAUUUUCAAAGUUAUCCUACACGUUUUCGAUACCGCUUGAUGCUGACAUUGGGCAAGAUGCCGGUCAAAUUUCGGCUGUCGACGGUGAUACUGGUCCGGAUGGAAUGGCAGAGGGGGCUGUGAAUAAAUACUUUGCCAUUGAUCCAACUUCCGGAGUGCUACGACUGGCAAAUCCGAUCGAGCCCUCAAAAAAUGGUACGAUCGAGACGUUGGUGAUUGUGGCAGAAAGCGGGCCACUUCAGCAAUCCCGGGCAACGGUAUUUGUCGAGAUUGGUGGGGUUGCCGCAACGCUAGCGAGUGGGCGGAUAGGCUCUCCAUUGGUGUGGAGUGUAAUUGCUGGCAUUCUGGUGCUACUUUUGUUACUCACUUGUGUACUCGCACUCUGCAUCUAUCGGCAUAAGACAAGGAUCAAAACGGUUGAUAGCCCAAGAAAGCAGGUUUAUGCCAUCUCGAAAGGCCAAAUAUCUUCGAUGGCUGACAUUGGAAGAACAUCACCUAUCAAGCCCAGGCUACCACCACGGUUCCCGGCGAUAAAACAGUCUUCUUCAAGAAGCUCCUCCGCUUCCGAACACCCAAAUCUCCGACAUUCCGGCCUUUCGUCUCGUGAAUUUUUAUCUAACAGAUCACAGCCCGACUCUGGAAUUGACCAGGAUACGGUGUCGUUGACAUCAUCUGUUAAUGAGUACCUGCACUCAUUAGGGGUUAGUUUGCCCGCAAAGAAGAAUCAGCGGAACGCUCGUGAGAUGGAUGCUUUAAUUUAUGCACGACUGGAGGAUGUUGUUCGUCACGAUCCGGAUACGAGCUAUGAGUAUCAGCACGUACCUUCUCAUCUAACUCCAUCACCGCAACAAACCACCAGUGAUGCACUUUCAAAUCUACAACGUAGAGCUGAAAACUACUACGAAGAACGGGUCAGACCGGCCGCAGCCACGGCCCGUUUUGUCGAUAUU